AUGAUAGUCGUACGCCAAUCAAGUCCAUUUCGUCAAGCAUCCGACAAAGCGGCUCCUAUUCGCGAUAUAUGGAAUUUGAAUUCGAACGAAAACCUCGCCAAAAAUUAUGAGCCGCAUGAAAACGUAACCAUCGACGAGCAGUUGUUUCCAUAUCGUGAUAAAACUGAAUUCACCCAGUUUAUUCCAUCAAAACCAGCUAAAUAUGGAAUGAAAGUUUGGUGGGCAUGCGAUUCAAAGACAAAAUAUCCAUUGAAAGGUAAAUUAUACCCAGGCAAAGAAGGAAACGAGCGUGAGGUGAAUCAAGGCGAAAAUGUUUUGAUACAAUUGUCGAAAAAUUACAGUCACAGUGUACGAACGAUUGUUGCUGAUAAUUUUUUCACAACAUCGAAUGGAGCUAAACGGCUGGCCAAUAUUCGUCUCGCAUUUGUCGGUACAGUUCGAGCCAACAAAGCAUUUUUCCGCCUGAAAUGA